AUGACAAAAUAUUCAUUAAGAGGAGGAGGAUGUUCACCUUCUGGGAUUAAUAAAAUGAAAUCGAAAAUUUUUAUAGAAGAAAAUCAAGAUUUAUAUGAUUUCUUCUCAAAAUUUAAUCAUUUUGUCAAUAUAAUAGACUCUAAGGCUUCUUUAGUAGCUAAUUAAUAAGAAUAAUAAUAGAUAAUGAUAGCCAUAUAAUGGUUUAAAUUUUAAGAGGAAAACAUUUAUAACCUUAAUAAGAAUUCUUAAAGUGUCAAUAAAUCUUAUGAUUUAAUUUUAGAUGGAAUAAGAAGACUUUUAAAAAGUUGUUUAAUAUAUAUUAAAGCUGAUUCUUUUAAAUGUUUAAACAUUUUAUAAAUAACGGCUUCUUUAUCCAAAGUAAUAUUUAGCUUCCAUAUAAUGAAUAAAAAAAGGUACAUGACAUUUGAUUUAUAAAAUUAAUUUCUUGAAAUUUCAGAUGAGUUAAAAAAAUAAAUGGAAAUAGAAAAGAAUGAUUUGAUUUAGAAUCAAAUGGAACUUUUUCUUUUAUUAACAAAAGCUUCUUUUGAGAUGGCUCCUAAUAAUCAUAAUGAAUAAUAAGAAAUUUUAAAAGGAUGUUUAAGAAAUAUUAUCAAGUCUAUUUUAGAAAUGAAGCCAAAUAUUGAUUUACUUUAAUCAUUAUUUUAAGGAGCCUGCCUCUUAUAAAAGAUCUAUAAUAUAAAUAAUAAGAGAAAAUAGUAUGAGGUAUAUUAUUAAAUAGAUAUGUUAUAAUGGGAGAUUAUAACAUAUUUUAAGAAUGAAAAAUAAAAUAAUCUUGAAGAAAUAAUAUAAUAAUUAGAGACUAUUUAUGAUAAAUUAGUUAAAACUUCAUAUAAUUGGAACGAUCAUUAUUGUUGGAUUUAAAUGUUAGAGAAAAUUUUAGUGUACAAUCCUCUGUUAAGUAUAGAAAAAUUAGAUUUGCAAAUUAAGAAUCUUAAUUUAAAUCCUAGUCCAGUAAGUUUAAUUUGGAAGGAAUACGAAAAAAAGGGAAUUCUAUAUUAAAUUAAUCAUAGCAAUAAUUAGGCUCUUAUCUUGAUUAAUUAAUUAAAAGAUAAAUAAUUAAUUUAUACUGAAAGAUUAAUAUUAGAAUCAUUUUACUAAGGAUGGUAAAAUUAUAUUUUGUUAAAAGAAUUUUUAAUGGAUAAUUAAUAUUCAAAAAAACCUUUUACAUUUGGAUCUUAUUUAAAUUGCAAAUUAGAUUUGGAUAAAGAAAAUAUUCAUAAAAAUGAAGAUUAUGUGGCUAUGGAUAAGCUCUAAAAGCUAUUAAGUCUUAUUAUUUCACAUAAAUUACUAAGUUUGAUUUAAUAGAAUCAAGAAAAACUAGAAAUAGUAAUUAAAAUAUUUAGAAAUUUAAUUAAAAGAAAUAAUAUUAAUUUAAGGAUUACUGAAAUCCCUUUUAAAUAACAAUUACAAAAAAUUAUCUUUAAUUUAGGAGAAUAUCUAUAAAACACAUUACAUAUUAUUAAAAUUCUUAGUCUUACUUAGAAUUAAUAAAAGCAUUUUGGCCUUGUAUAAUUUUAAUCGUAAAAGUCCUCAAUUAAACUUAAUUCAGUUGAGUAACUUAAAUAUUUGAUGAAACUUUUAGAAAAUAAUCUAUAAAUAUUCACUUAAGAAUUUUAAGAAAAGUCUAUUGAUUAAAAAGAUGAACAACAAUAAGUAUAUAAUAAAAUUGAUGAUAUUAAACUUAUUGAAGAAUAGAAAACAUAUAUUUAUAAUUAAUUAACAAAAAUUUAAGAUUUGAAAGAUAAAACAUACUAGAUAGUUAAACCUUUGAAUAUGUAACUUAUUGCCUUAACUAAUUCUCCAUAGAAGAAUACUGCUCUAUCUAUUAUAAAAUUUAUUGAAAAUUCUCAAAAAGAAAUCAAAAAGCUUUAAAAUGAUGAAAUAAAAGAAAAAGACUUAUUUAAAUAGUUUUAGAAUUUAUUGAAUUAUCUUUUGUUUUAUUAUGAAAGGAAAAGUGAAAAACUCAAUUUUUAAAAAUCUAAUACAGUUUUCGAGGUAAUUUAGGUAAUUAUGACUUUAAAUAAUUAAAUUAAUGAUACUGCUUAAACUAAUGAAAUUUCAUAGAAUAUUCAAGAACUUAUUUCUACAAGCCUAAUUAUAGAAAAUUUUGAAAUGAUGAGAUUUGAAAUGCUAAAAUUUAAUCAAAAAUUAAUUGUUUUUUAGGAGUUCUUCUAAAAUAUAAUAAAAUUAGCUGAACCAGAAAUUAUAUAAAAGAUAUCAGCAAAUAUUAAUCUGGAUGAAUUUCUCCUUGAAGUAAUUAAGAAAUAUCCUGAAAAAAUUCUAUUAUCUAGAUGUGAUAUAUAAAAUAAUAACAUUUCAAAAAUUAAAAGUAUUACAAUAUCAAAUGAUGACUUUAAAAAUAAUUUAUCAAAUUAAAAAUAAAUAAUUGAAUUUUUAUUAUUCAAGUUAAAUAUAGAAGAAUUAAUAAAUGAUUCUGAAAGGUAAGAUUUAUAAUUAAUUGAGAAGCAUUUCGAAGAAUUGUUCAUUUAAUAAUCUUCUCUACCUUUACAUGUAGAGAAACUAGAUUAAAUUAUUGAAGGAUUAUAAAUUGAUGAUACAAUAAAUAACAUUACUAAUGAAAAUUUUAAUUUAAAACAAUUGAAAUUAGAGGAAGAUAAGUUCGAGAAUUUUUUGAAUUAAUUGACAUUAAUUAGAGAAUCUAGUAAGGAUUCAAAUUAAUAGAUAAUUGAAAUAGAAAUAUUAAUUAAAAAAGCAGAGGUGGUUGUUGAAACAUUUCUAAAUUGCGAAAAUCAAAAUAUAGAAAUUUUUAAAAUACCAUUAUGUGAGGAGAUACGUGAUUUAAAAAAAAUAAUUGAGAAUUGCAAGAAAAAUAAAGAUAGGUAAGAUAAUGAUAAAUAAAAUAUUUAUCAAGAAAGCCAUUUAAAUAAAUUAAAUAUAUUAAAUAAUACAAGUGAUUUAGAUUAAUUUGGUAAAAAAGAUCAAAUCGAUGAUAUUUACUAUCAAAAACUUAAGAAAUUUGACAAUUGCUUUGAUGAAAAAUAUAUUACAAAUUUAAAAUUCAUAAUUAAAAUUGUAAAACUGUAUUAAAUUAAAAUAAAAGAAGAAAAAUAAGUUUUACAUGAAUUACUUGAAGAAAUUCAAAAAUUUACUAGCAAAAUUGAUUUUAUGAAAAAAUAUGAAGGAACUAUUUAAGAAAAAAUGCAAUAAAGUUUUAUUGCUUGCUUUGAAAAAAUGAUCAAUAAUCUUGAAUAAAAGUAUUGGCCAACAAAUAGUUUAUCAUUGUAAAAAAAUGAAAAUUAAUAAAUGUACUUUGAAAGAAUAUUUGCAAAUUUUUAUUCUAUAAUAAAUGAAAAUGAAAAAAUAAAAAAUUUGACUGAUGAUUUAAAAUAUCCUGCUCUGUGUUCAUAAAUUGAUCAAGGUGCUAUUCAGAAAUUAGAGGCUAAAUUUUAAGGUAAAGCAAGAGAGAAAAGUUUCAGAUUACAAAAAAUCUAAAUAAAAUAAGAAAUUCUUAUAUAAUCAGUAUCUAAAAUAUAUUUGAAACAAAAUUUAGAAUAAGAAUUUGAAAAAGACCCUAACCAAUAAAUCGGCUUAUUUAAUACUUUGAUAUAAAAAUACAAAGAUUUUAAAAAUAAUGAAGAAUGGAAAAUUAAAUAAGGAUUAGUUUUUUCAAUCAUAUCGAUUUCAUCGAAUUGUUUCACAGACACCAUUAUUUAGUUCUGCUAAAAGGCCCUUAUUUAAAUAUGGAUUUAAGAAAAAGAUGAAAGAAUUAGAAAUUUGUUAAAAAAUUAAAACUUAAUAACUAGUUAAAUCUAAAUUUUAAAGAAAGAUUGGAAGACAUAAUGUGAUAGAAUUUCAGGAGAAAUGUAAUAAUUGCUCCAUAAAAUUGAUGAUUUAUAAGAAUAAAUUUCUCAUGAAUAUAAUCUUAAAAAACGAGAUUAAUAACUUUAAGAAGUAGAUGAAACAACUUAAUAAUUGAAUGAAUAUAUUGAAAAUAUUAGCGAAAUGGGUUAACAACUUGAUUUGAUUCAUAAUUUUGUAAGCAAUAUCAGAUAGGGAUUAAAAAGAAUAGAGGGAAAAAUAAAUUAGAUAAAAAUGUAAUUGAAUAAUAUGGAUAAUGACAUUAAAUUUUUGAGAGGAAAAUCAGUUGAAUAACUGCUUGAAAUUAGAAAAUGGAAAGUAUUGGACGAAGCAGCAUAUAAAAAAAUUAAGUCUAUCUAUGUUCCAUUAAAAACUUAAGAGAAAAUGAAAGAGAAUAUAAAAAAUUUGAUGAGUUUAGAAGAAUUUGAUAAUAAAGUUGGAGCAGUGGAUGAAUUUUUAUAAGAAGAGAAAACAGUGUUGUUAAUUCAUGGUAUGGCUGGAUCAGGUAAAACUACUGCAGCAAAAAAAAUAGAAGAGUUUAUUUGGAAAUUACAUGAAAAUAAUAGAAAAAUCAAUAAGCAAUAGCUCAUACCAAUAUAUAUUUCAUUGCCUUCUUUGAAAAAUCCUGUUUUUUAAGCUGUUGAGGAGGCACUUUAAAAUGAUUAUGGUUUUGACCAGCUCUAAUUGAAGGAAUGUAAAGAAAUGCUGGAGAAGAAAUAAUUUAGAUUUUUAUUAAUAAUGGACAGUUAUGAUGAGAUGAAGUUAGAGAACAUAUAAAAAAAUUUAUACAUAAAUAAUAAAAUUAAUUAGAAUUGGACUAACCCACUUGUUAUUUUUACGACAAGAAGUGAAAUUCUUACAAGUAGUAAUUACGCAUAAUGGUUUGCACCUGAUGAUUAAGAAAAAUUGAAAGAAAUCUAGAUUCUAAAAUUUGACUAAGUAUAAAAGCAAGAAUAUCUUAAAAAAUACACGAUUUAAAGUAUUAAAAUGUUGGUUUUUGAAAUAUAUGAAUGGUAAAUUCAAGUUUAAAGCAGAGAAGCUAUUGAUAUCAAUAAGUUUGAAAUGUGUUGGGAAAAAUUAUAAUCAUCAAUUUUUAAAUACGAUUUAUCAAAGUUGAAAUCUGAAACUCUAUUAAAUCAAAAAUAAAUAGAAAGCAUUUUAUUAUAUUUGAAUGAUGAUGAAUUUAUUGCUUUAAAAAGUAAUGAAGCUAUAAGAAGCCUUAGGAUAAAUUUACAAAAACUAUGGAGCGUUGAAAAAUAUGACAAUAUGAUGUAGUAGAUGAAUUUAAAUAAAUUUAUGGAAACUCCAUAUAUGAUGGAAAUUAUAGUAUAAGUGUUGCCAGAAAUGAUGGUGAAAGCGGCUGAGAUAGUUAAUUUAAAAUAAAAUUUCAUAAAGAAUUUUUCAAAAAUGUUUAAAGAUUUCUUCAAAAGCAAAAGUUUGAUUCAUUUAUAUAAUUAAUAUAAGAAAAAUUAUCUAAUAAAAGUAAAUAAUGAAGUUGAAAAAGAAACUUGCCAAAAAAAUUUUGUUGAUUAGAAUAAGAAAUGGGAAGUUUUAUAGGUUUAUGAUUGUUUUGACUCUACUUCAACAGAUUUAUAAAAUUGGGAAAAAAUUGAUAAUCUUUAGAUUGCUCUAGAGGUUUGGAAUAGGAUGGAAGAAAAUUUAAUUCCUAGUUAAUUAUAGAUUUCUAAUGAAUUCAACGAACUAAGUUAAAAACUUUUAUAGAUUUUUUAACUUAAUCGAGGGCUACCAAAUAAUGAAUUAAAUAAAGUUGAAAUUAAAAAGGAAAACCUAAUUUAAUUAGUUUUUGAUGCCUUAAAAGAAUAAAAUCUCACAAAUUAUGAUUUUUAUGAUGAGUUUAUUAAUAUGUAUCAUUUGAAACAAAUUGAAAAAUAGAGAAGCUUAAGAAAAUCUAUAAAUAUUGAUCGUUUUCUUCAUGAUUUAAAAUAAUAUUCAAUUAAACUUGCAAAAACAAUGAGCAAAAAAUUAGUGACUUAAGUCUAAUAUUAAUAAUAAGGUUUAUUAUAUAAGGAUGAAAGAGAAGAAGAAAAAUGGCUAAAUGAAUUUUUUAAUGAUGAUGGGUAAUACGGAUCAUACAAAAAGGAUAUAAGAAGUUGCUCAUUGAUCUAAUAAAAAGGUACAAACUUUUAAUUUGUCCAUAAAUCUAUAUAAGAGUUCUUAAUUGCAGUCGAUUUAUACGAAGUACUAGUGUUAUCAAAAGAUUUUGAUAUUUAAAUAUUCAGAUCGAUAAUUGAAAUUUUGUCAAAAUAAAGAUACGAAGAAUAAAAUUGUGAAGAAUUUCUUUCAUCUCAAGAGCAUUUCGAAAUUUAUAUAAAUGAAGAUAAUUUAUCACUUUUCGAAAGGCAAUAAAAAUUUAAUACUUGGUAAAAGAGCAUUAUGUCAAUUAUAAAUCUAAUCAAAAUACUAAAAUAACAUGAUUUUAAUUAGAUUAAUUAUUCCACUGAAAUUUAUACAGAAACAAGAAAAUUUUUGAUUAAAAAAAUUUCAUCAGAGGUGAAGAUUAUAGAAUUUUUAAAAUUAAUUGUUCAUCUAACUUCUUUAGAUAAAAAUUUAAUAUAGAGUGGGUCUAAUUCACUCAAUAUACUAGUCGAAAUGAAAGUUGAUCUUACAAACUAGUUUUUUCUUAAUAUAAGGAUUUAAAAUACUUCUUUAAUUGGAGGUAAUUUUGCAAAAUGCAAUCUAAGUGGAGCUGAAUUUUAAAAUAUAAAUAUAAAUGGAAUGAAUUUAAAUGGAGCUUAAUUAUUUGAUUGUAAAUGGAAAAAUUUAAGAAUUAAUGAUUUACAUUAAUUAAAUGGUCAUGAUGGACCUGUUAAUUCCUUAUGCUUCUCUCCUGAUGGUAUUAUAUUGGCAUCUGGUAGUAUGGAUUAAUCUAUUCGUUUAUGGGAUGUUGGAACAGGAUAGCAAUAAUCCAUAUUUUAAGGACAUAGCAAUUCAGUUUAGUCAGUAUGCUUUUCUCCUGAUGGUAGUGUAUUAGCAUCUGGUAGUGAUGAUAAGACUAUUCGUUUGUGGAAUUUUAAAACAGGAAAAUAAAUAUUAUAAUUAAAUGGUCAUCAUGCAGAAGUCCUAUCUGUUUGCUUCUCUGUUGAUGGUAGAACAUUAGCAUCUGGUGGUGGUGAUAAGACAAUUCGUUUAUGGGAUAUUAAAACUGGACAUUAAAAAUCUAAUUUAGAAGGGCAUAGUAAUAAUGUCACAUCAGUCUGCUUCUCUCCAGAUGGUACUAACUUAGCAUCUGCUAGUUGGGAUAAUACUAUCCGUUUGUGGGAUGUUAAGUCUGGACAACAAAUGUCAAAAUUUGAUGGACAUAUUAGUUACAUCUCAUCAAUUUGCUUCUCCCCUGAUGGUACUACAUUAGCAUCUGGUAGUAAUGAUAAAUCAAUCCGUUUAUGGGAUGUUAAAACAGGACAAUAAAAAUCUAAAUUACAAGGGCAUAGUUAUGGGGUCUAUUCAAUAUGUUUCUCCCUUGACGGUAAUACAUUGGCAUCCGGUAGCGAUGAUAAUUCUAUCCGUUUAUGGGAUGUAAAAACAGGAUAACAAAAAUCUAAAUUGGAUGGACAUAGUAAUGCAAUUCUAUCAGUCAGCUUCUCUCCUGAUGGAAUAAAAUUAGCAUCUGCUUGUUGGGAUAAUUCUAUCCGUUUGUGGGAUGUUAAGACAGAACAAUAAAAAACCUAAUUAGAAGGACAUAGUAGUUUUGUAUCAUCAGUAUGUUUUUCUCCUGAUGGUACUACGUUGGCAUCUGGCAGCAAUGAUAGCUCUAUCCGCUUAUGGGAUGUAAAAACAGGAUAACAAAAAUCUAAAUUGGAGGGACAUAGUAAUGCAGUUCUAUCAGUCUGUUUCUCUCCUGAUGGUACUACAUUAGCAUCUGGUAGUAAUGAUAAAUCAAUUCGUUUAUGGGAUAUUAAGACAGGAUAAUAAAUGUUUAAAUUAGAUGGCCAUAAUUUUGCAGUUUAUUCAAUAUGCUUCUCUCCUGAUUGCACUAUGUUAUCAUCUGGGAGUGAUGAUAGCUCUAUCCGCUUAUGGGAUGUAAAGACAGGAUUACAAAUAUUAAAAUUAGAUGGACAUAGUAAUGCAGUUCUAUCAGUUUGCUUUUCUCCUGAUGGUACUAUUUUAGCAUUUGGUAGCGAUGAUAAUUCUAUUAGUUUAUGGGAUGUUAAGACUGAAUAAUUACAACUUAAAUUAGAAGGUCAUAAUGGUUGGGUUUAAUCUGUAUGCUUCUCUCCUGAUGGUAGGAUAUUAGGAUCUUGUAGCGGGGAUAAGUCUAUCCGUUUAUGGGAUGUUAAGACAGGAAAAUAAAAAUCUUUAUUAAAUGGUCAUACUCAUCAUGUUUAAUCAAUAUGUUUCUCUCCUGAUGGCACUACAUUAGCAUCUGGUAGUAAUGAUUGCUCUAUUCUUUUAUGGGAUGUUGAAACAGGAUAGUAAAAGUCAAAAUUAGAUGGCCAUACUCAUUACGUUCAAUCAGUUUGUUUCUCUCCUGAUGGUACUUUGUUAGCGUCUGGAAGUUGUGAUUAAUCUAUCCGUUUAUGGGAAGUUAAGAAAGGAUAAAUAAUUAACCCCUUGGAGGAAAAUUAUAAAGAUAAUCUUGCAAAUUUGUUAAAACCACUUUAACAUAUUUCAUUUUCCGAAGACGGUAUAAAUUAUUUUUUUUAUUUAGUAAACAAUAAUAUAACUAUUCAACAUAUAUCUCAAUAACCAAUUUUUUAAGCAAAAGGAGCUUUAAUCUUGAAUGGAGAAUUUACAAAUCAUUUAGGCAUGGAUUUACGAAAACUAUUUGAAUAAAGAGGAAGUUUUAUUUUAGAAACAUACCUAGAAUAACAAAAAAAUAAAAUUAAAAAUUGA